GAUCAAAUAGAGCAUAUUGAAUCAGCAGGACUAGCUGGUGGUGCAGCAAGCAUGAGUAAGCGCGGAGUCUGUUCCUUAUCACGUGCUUAAGGGGAAAAAGGUUUAAACAAAUUUCUUGAGUGGUGUUUCCUCACUGAUGGAGAAUUACUUCCAAGCAGAAGCUUACAACCUGGACAAGGUAUUAGAUGAAUUUGAACAAAACGAAGAUGAAACAAUUUCCCCUACUUUAUUGGACACAAAGUGGAAUAAAAUUGUAGAUCCUUCUUCUCACCGACUAUCAUUUAAUCCUGCAUUGGUUAGUGUGAAUGAGCCUUCAGUUUCUAAUGAGUCACAGCCACAGCUGAAAGCCUUCUCCUUGGCUCAUUCAGCUCCAUCCAAGGAGGGAGAAGAUCACUGUGCUAAUGGACAGAGCUGUAAUCUAAAUCCAGAGAUUGCCACAAUGUGGAUUGAUGAAAAUGCUAUUGCAGAAGAUCAGUUAAUUAAGAGAAACUAUAAUCGAGGCGAUCAAUACAGUACUGUUGAAGCAGGAGAGAAGAAAUGUGGAAAUUUAACCUGUCUUCCAGAUGAGAAGAAUGUUCUUGUUGUAGCUGUCAUGCAUAAUUGCGAUAAAAGGACAUUACAAAGUGACUUGCAGGAUUGUAAUAAUUAUAAUAGUCAGUCCCUCAUGGAUCCUUUUAGCUGUUCACUGGAUAAUGAAAACAGACAAACUGAUCAAUUCAGUUUUAGUAUGAAUGGAUCCACUGAAAAAGAUAAGAACUCAGAGAAACAAAUGGAUCCAUUGAACAGACCAAAAACAGAAGGGGAUUCUGUUAAUCAUCUAUGUACAGUUUCAUCUGAUAGUCUAACUAGUGUCUCUUCCAGUUCACAAUUAAAGGGUGAUGAAAAUAUAGGUAGAGACUCCUCAGUGUCCUUGAUUACAAGGUCAACAGUUGAUUCAGUAAUCUCACCCCAGGGAACAGAUAGAGGUCCUACUGUUAAAAAGCAAGAGGACUAUAUACCAGAUGAGGACUUCAUUGGCAAAGUCAGCUCUCCUCGGACAGAUGUAGGGAGUCCAAACACCUUUUCCCACUUGAGUGAGGAGAUUUUGACAGAAAAAGAGCCAGCAGAGGAGAGAACAACUGAAGAAUCACUCCAGUCUUGUUUACCUUUGUGUCUCAAACCAGACAUACCUGGAAGAGGUAACUCUGAACAAUUUUCAGAUUGCCUUGUGCCUAGUGAAGUUGGAGCUGAAAGUGAACGUUAUGAACAUGAAGAAAUUCUUGGCACUACAGAACUACUUAAUAUGACAGAGCAUUUCUCUGAUUCUCAGGAGAUGAGUAAUUGGAAAUUGACUAAACUAAAUGAGAUGAGUGAUAGCCAAGUAAAUGAAGAAAAUGAAAAGUUUUUACAGAUUAAUCAGCCUGACGACACUAAUGGUGAUAAUGUAGGAGAGUGUGUUGGAAUGGCAGAUGCAGGUCUAGAUUUAAAAGGAACUUGCCCAAGUGAAAGUGAAGGAUGUGAUUUCUCGACUGUUACAGAUUCACCAGCAGCACAUUCUUUAUCUAAUGGUUGUGAUUCCUGUGGAAUGCAAAGCCCAGUUGUUUCUUUUGUUCCAAAGACGUUACCCUCCAAAGAAGAUUCAGUAACAGAAGAAAAAGAAAUAGAGGAAAGCAAGUCAGAAUGUUACUCAAACAUUUAUGAACAGAGAGGAAAUGAGGCCACAGAAGGGAGUGGACUACUUUUAAACAGCACUGGUGACCUAAUGAAGAAAAAUUAUUUGCAUAAUUUCUGUAGUCAAGUUCCAUCAGUGCUUAUGCAAUCUUCCCCCAAGACCGUAGCAAAUCUGCAAUCCAUCAGUGUUCCUUUUGGUGGUGCAAGACCCAAACAACCUUCUAAUCUUAAACUUCAAAUUCCAAAGCCAUUAUCAGACCAUUUACAAAAUGACCUUCCCACAAACAGUGGAAAUAAUAUUAAAAACAAAAAUGAUAUUCUUGGGAAACCAAAAGUAGGGGAAAAUUCAGCAACCAAUGUAUGUAAUGCGUCUUUGGGAAACAUCUCUAUUGCUGAUACAAAUGGGGAACAUUUAGAAAGUUAUGAGGCUUCCAGUAGAUCGUGCCUUGCAUUAGCUCUAGAUAGCCCAGAUAAUGAUCUCAGAGCUGGUCGGUUUGGAAUUUCUGCCAGAAAGCCAUUUACCACUCUGGGUGAAGUAGCUCCAGUAUGGGUACCAGAUUCCCAGGCUCCAAAUUGCAUGAAAUGUGAAGCUCGGUUCACAUUCACCAAAAGAAGGCAUCAUUGCAGAGCAUGUGGGAAGGUCUUCUGUGCUUCUUGCUGUAGCCUGAAAUGUAAACUGUUGUACAUGGACAGAAAGGAAGCUAGAGUGUGUGUAAUCUGCCAUUCAGUGCUAAUGAAUGCUCAAGCCUGGGAGAACAUGAUGAGUGCCUCAAGCCAGAGCCCUAACCCUAACAAUCCUGCUGAAUACUGUUCUACUAUCCCUCCCUUGCAGCAAGCUCAGGCCUCAGGAGCCCUGAGCUCUCCACCUCCCACUGUGAUGGUACCUGUGGGAGUUUUAAAGCACCCUGGAACAGAAGUGGUUCAGCCCAGAGAGCAGAGGAGAGUUUGGUUUGCUGAUGGGAUCUUGCCCAAUGGAGAAGUUGCUGAUGCAGCCAAAUUAACAAUGAAUGGAACUUCCUCUACAGGAACCCUGGCUGUGUCACAUGACCCAGUCAAGCCAGUAGCUACCAGUCCUCUACCAGCAGAGGUGGAUGUUGCCCUGUUCUCUGGGAAUAUAACUCAGGUUGGAAGUCCCGUUGGAAGUGCAAUGAACCUUAUUCCUGAAGAUGGCCUUCCUCCCAUUCUCAUCUCCACUGGUGUAAAAGGAGACUAUGCUGUGGAAGAGAAACCAUCACAGAUAUCAGUAAUGCAGCAAUUGGAAGAUGGUGGCCCUGACCCACUUGUAUUUGUUUUAAAUGCAAAUUUGUUGUCAGUGGUUAAAAUUGUAAAUUAUGUGAAUAGGAAGUGCUGGUGUUUCACAACUAAGGGAAUGCAUGCAGUGGGUCAGUCUGAGAUAGUCGUCCUUCUACAGUGUCUACCAGAUGAGAAGUGUUUGCCGAAAGACAUUUUUAAUCACUUUGUGCAGCUUUAUCGGGAUGCUCUGGCAGGGAAUGUUGUGAGCAACUUGGGACAUUCCUUCUUCAGUCAGAGUUUCCUCGGCAGUAAAGAACAUGGUGGAUUCUUGUAUGUAACAUCUACCUACCAGUCACUGCAAGACCUAGUACUCCCAACCCCGCCUUACUUGUUUGGGAUUCUCAUCCAGAAAUGGGAAACUCCUUGGGCUAAAGUGUUUCCCAUUCGACUAAUGUUGAGACUUGGAGCUGAAUAUCGACUUUAUCCCUGCCCGCUGUUCAGUGUGAGAUUUCGGAAGCCAUUGUUUGGAGAGACAGGGCAUACCAUCAUGAAUCUUCUUGCAGACUUCAGAAAUUACCAGUAUACGUUGCCAGUAGUUCAAGGUUUGGUGGUUGAUAUGGAAGUUCGGAAAACAAGCAUCAAAAUUCCCAGCAACAGAUACAACGAGUUGAUGAAAGCCAUGAACAAGUCCAAUGAGCAUGUCCUGGCAGGAGGUGCCUGCUUCAAUGAAAAGGCAGACUCUCAUCUUGUGUGUGUACAGAAUGAUGAUGGAAACUAUCAGACCCAGGCUAUUAGUAUUCACAAUCAGCCCAGGAAAGUGACUGGUGCCAGUUUCUUUGUGUUCAGUGGCGCUCUGAAAUCCUCUUCAGGAUACCUUGCCAAGUCGAGUAUUGUGGAAGAUGGCGUCAUGGUCCAGAUCACCGCCGAGAACAUGGACUCAUUGAGGCAGGCACUUCGAGAGAUGAAAGACUUUACCAUCACCUGUGGGAAGGCAGAUGCAGAGGAGGACCCCCAGGAGCACAUCCACAUCCAGUGGGUGGAUGAUGACAAGAACGUUAACAAGGGUGUUGUAAGUCCUAUAGAUGGGAAGUCCAUGGAGUCUAUCACAAAUGUGAAGAUAUUCCAUGGAUCAGAGUAUAAAGCAAAUGGAAAAGUCAUCAGAUGGACAGAGGUGUUUUUCCUGGAAAAUGAUGACCAGCAUAACUGCCUGAGUGACCCUGCAGACCACAGCAGACUGACCGAGCAUGUCGCCAAGGCUUUUUGCCUCGCUCUCUGUCCCCACCUGAAGCUUCUAAAGGAAGAUGGCAUGACAAAACUGGGACUCCGUGUGACACUUGACUCAGAUCAGGUUGGCUAUCAAGCAGGGAGCAAUGGCCAGCCCCUUCCCUCACAGUACAUGAAUGAUCUGGACAGCGCCUUGGUGCCGGUGAUCCAUGGAGGGGCCUGCCAGCUCAGUGAGGGCCCCGUCGUCAUGGAACUCAUCUUUUAUAUUCUGGAAAACAUCGCAUAGACAGGACUUCAUUUUUUUCUGUUUCAACCUGUUGCAACAGCAGUCAUACCCAAAUCAUUUGCACUUUAAAACUGGAAGAUUAAGCUUUUGGUAACACUAUUAAUGGGGGGCGGGGGGAAUAGGGUGGGAAUAAGGGUUUGGGGGGACGGGGGGGAAAGGGUGGUUGGGGGAACAGAUGUUCCAUAAUUCUAUGUCUUCUAUGCAUUGUCCACCAAGACCUGGACAGCUUCUGUUACUGCACAACAGUCAUGCUAUCUUUACAGCUAAUCCCCUUCUGUUACUGUCUAGACAAGAACUCGGCUCCUCUAAGAUUACUAUGGUCAUGUGCUCAGAAAUGCUUAAAUGGGUACAACCUUCACCAAGGGUGGGGUGGGAGAGCAAAGGAAAAAUAAACCAUGAAACAUCAGUUUUGCACUCUGUACAGAAAUGAUAUAAAAAGGACAACUCCACAAAGAUCUUGUCCCAGUUAUAUCACAGCUGUUUACCAAGUAGAAGUCACACUUAGAUUGUUUGUUUUCACCAGAUUACCCGUUGAAGUGAAUCAAAGACCAAAGGGAGCCGUGUAGCCAUGGAGGACCUCCAUGUAGUCAUGGAAGCGGCUCAGUGUAAAGUGAAGUCAUUUGGACAGCGAGCUGAGUGCGGGAUCACUUGAGGUCUGCCCAAGUGAAUGGCAGGUACUAAACUGGGCCUUUCUGUGAAAGCUGACAAAAGACACCCAAGACAUUUUUAAUUACUAUGUAGUAGAAAUAUUUUUAAAAACAUUUUAUUGGGAAAGCAUUUAAACUUCCAGGAAAGCUGCAGGUACAGAAAAUCCCACUACAUGCUCUUCAUCUACAUUCACUUAUUGUUCACUUAUUAACAUUUUGCCCCAUAUGAUGUUUCUCCCCAGCCCUAUAAAAAAGUGAAGCAUUUAAGUUGCAUAUAUCAUGGCCCUUUACCUCUAAGUAUUUUGAUACUUAUUUCCUAUCUAUACGGACAGCCUUAAAUAACUGCAAAACAGUUCUUAACUUUAGUCAAGUUCCCAUUGAUAGCAUCCCCUCUGCUCCCAGCAAACCUAGGCCUAGGAGCAGACGCAGCACGUAGCUGGCAUGACUUGCCUUUAUUUUUAUGUCAUUGGUAUCUUUCGUGACUAUAGGCCUCCCCAUCUUUGUAAUAGAAUACCUCAUUUUGAGUUGAAGUUUAGAAUCAGUUUAUGCAUUCAUGGCCAGAAUCACCUGAUACCAUCUGCCUCGCAUUGAGGAGGUAACUCUGAUAACCUGGAAAGGUGUUGUCUGAUUUCUCCGCUAUACCCUCCCGAAAUAAUAACCACAUGUAAAGACAUUGUUAAACCAUGCAAAGAUCUUGCUCAUCAAAAUGUCCCCUUAGAUUUAGCACACACUGACAUUUCAUAUCUGUACUGACACUGUACUACAACACUUGCAGAAUAAUUUUCCAACUCCAGAACUCCAUCUGCAUUUACCAACUGAAUUUAGUAAUUAUAAAUAGAAGCCCUUCUUCCCUAUUUUAUUCAUUCAUUUAAUUUUUAUUAUGGCCUUGUGAAUUCUUUUUCAGUGAUUUUAAUUUAUUAUUUUGGUGCUUAGUUCUCAGCUGUGACCAAAUGGAGCACCUUCAGGCUGUUUCCUAUAUCCCUAUGAACAUAAUUAAUUUGUAACACUUCCUUUUCUAGCUUAAAAAUUCUUCAGGCUAAUCUAAUGCUUAUUCUUAUCAUCUCGGAAUCAGCCAUUUCGCCAAUGAGCCCUGGUUUCUUUUAGUGGUCAUGGUACAAGAAGCCAAGGUCUGGCUUACCCAGGAUAUAGAUGAUAUAUUUUGAUAAUUUUCAAAACUUAUCUUGGAGCUAGGUGUGGUAAUGAAUGCCUGUCAUCCCAACUACUCGGGAAGACUGUUAAUUUCCAGGCCAGUUUAGGCAAUUGAGAGAGACCCUAUCACAAAACCUAGGAAGGGCUGUGGGUGAAGCUCAGUAGUAGUUGUCGGCUUAAUCCCUAGUUCUGCAAGGAAAAAAUUUAUUCUAGACACAGACCAAAUGGAUCUACAAGCCACAAUUUGCAUAAUACUGCUGUAGGGCGACUCAUUCCUUUUCACUAGCAUCUUCUGAAAGGCCAGGACAGGGCACACUAGAGUUCUCUGCUUUUAGGUGAGGUUCCGGGGUUCCAUGCAGGCCUGUGGGCCAGUGAGAGGCCACUCCCCAGUGGCUGGAGCUGGGCCUGGCACUUGGCAGAAACAGACUGUGGAGCUGUGUUCAGGGCAGUAGCUGUUUCCCAGGUGCCCAAAGGCCUUGCCUGGAAAAUUUAGCUGGGUUCUUCCCUCUCCGUUAUUUGGGGUUAAGGGUUGUAUCUAUAGCUGCUUCUUCAAAGGUGUUGGCAUUAGGAGCUAUCAAGAAAUGGAUCUGGAACCUUCCCCAUAAAUUCAGAGGACUAGAGCUUCUAAACUUCCCCUAAACCCAUGGCACCAGCAUUAGGACUGUGCCCACAGCCCAAUGAGAACAGGGGCAGGUAUAUUUAGUGUUAAAUAUCCAGCUUAGGUCUAAAUACACCUCAGAAGUCUGGCGCUUUCAUAGUGGCUGGUCCUGUUUACAGUGUAUUUUCCUCCUCUGCUAAAUCCAUCUUGGCAUUGUACACUCUUUCUUCUGGAUCAAUGCAGGCUUUUAAAUUUUUCCACUAAAGACAAUAUGUGGCCCUGUAUAGUCAGGUCCAUCCUCAAGUAAAUAAAAAUGUCCUUUAUGUAUAGUACAAUCAACUUAAGGGAUUGAGUGUAGAACAACCAAAACUACUUUGUUUUUUCCUUGUGUUUAUCUUUGGCUUUAUACAAUGUGUACAGUAAGAAUAGCGAAGAGCUGAAGCAUCACAUUUAUAAUCAGGUAAACUUCUAGAUUGUAAACUUAAGUAGUGAGCUGUCACCCUCCUCCUUAACUGAAGAGAAAUAGAAUUGCCAUUCUAGUAAUUUAUUAAAUUUUUAAAAUUAUUGAAUGCUUGCCAAAUGCCAGGCAGUGUUUUUCCAUUUGUUCUUAUCAACACUUUCUGCAUUCCAGAGUGGCACAGAUAGGGGAUUUUGCCAGUGUAAAUCCCCAUUCUCCUGUCUUCUCUGACCCAGAAUGGUUCCUAAUGGAAGGACCAAAAGUUCCAAUUAAAUUUACCUCUAUGAUCAUGUGGGAAACAGUUUAAACAUUUAACACAUUCAGACAGGCAGCUGAUUACACAGUUUCUGGAGUUGAUAGUGGUUUCUACUUUAAUGCUAAAAUAGUAAUUUAAAUAAUGGUCACGGGACUUGUAGGAGUGGUUUACAUAGACA